ACGUCACAGACCGUGGUUUAAAAGCGCAGCAGCAGCAGCUGGGGGGGCAGACAGCGUCAUGUGGAGCCGGGGUCUCGUGCGGCGGGCCGUCCGCCACGCCUCCACACAGGCAGGCGUCCUCUUUGACGUUGAUGGCGUCCUCCUCCGCGGCGGCUCGGUGCUCCCGGCGGCCCAGCGGGCUCUCGGGAAACUUGUGGACCGGAACAACAGAUUCCGCUUUCCCGUCGUCUUCGUCACCAACGCAGGAAGCUGCAUGAGACAGCACAAGGCCCAGCAGCUGUCUCACCUGCUGGGGCUGCAGAUAACACCUGAGCAGGUGGUUCUGUCCCACAGUCCUCUGCACACCAUGAAGACUUUCCACAGUAAAUGUGUGCUGGUCUCAGGUCAGGGACCGGUCGCCCAGAUCGCCCACACUUUGGGUUUCCAGAAGGUAGUAACCGUGGAGCAGCUCUCAGAGCAGCACCCCCUGCUGGACAUGGUCGACCACAGCAGGAGACCCACAAGAACGGCCCGUUCUUCACAGAUCCCCCCCCAGAUACAAGCGAUCAUCCUGUUUGGGGAGCCAAUCAGAUGGGAGACCAACUUGCAGCUGCUGAUAGAUGUGCUCCUGACCAAUGGGCGACCCGGUUGUGCGUAUGACACUCAGCUGUCGGCUCAGGUACCGGUUCUGGCCUGCAACAUGGACCUGCUGUGGAUGGCUGACGCCCCGUCACCACGGUUUGGUCAUGGGAUGUUCCUGCUUUGCCUGGAGUCUGUCUACAAGACGCUGACGGGUCAGAACCUGGAGUACGAGGCGGUGCUGGGAAAACCCAGUCUGCUCACGUACCAGUAUGGCGAGCAGCUGCUGCGUCAGCAGAACCAGAACCACAGGCUGUCCACCAUCUACGCCGUUGGAGACAACCUGAUGACGGACGUCUACGGCGCCAACCUUUAUAACCGCCACCUGGCCAAGCAUCACACUGACAUGAUGAGCGGCGCCAAACUGGCUGCCCAGGGAACCGGUACUCAGACGAUGAUGCCGGAGGAAGAACCGCCGCUUGCUGCGCGGUGCCUCUCCAUCCUGGUGUGCACAGGUGUGUAUAACCCUCGGUCUCCACUGCCUGGUGACCAGAACCUCUCAGAGAUGUUCCAUGGCCACAAAGACAUGGAACUGGACCUGCUGGAACCAAGCCACGUGGUGGAGGACGUGGAGGCCGCCGUAGACCUGAUGCUACAGCAGGAGCGUUCCACCCCCUGACACACCUGAUGGAUACCUGAUACACCUGAGUCCCGACAUGUGACCUGCAGCUACGAUGUGGUUUAGACCAGACACCUGGUUCACACCUGGUUCUCACCUGGUUCUCACCUGGCCUGUUGUUUCAUGCCUUUUUAUCAGUAAAGAUCUGCAGGUGGAACUCCACCCAACCUAAAGCCGUUUGAAGCUGACGGGUGAAGUUGAGCUUGAAAACGUUGCUGCAGUUAAAUGUGAGUCCAGCAUGAAGACGAGUGGCUUCAUGCUGGACUAAUGUGGACGUCAGAAAUAAAAAUCUAAUGUUAAAGUUUU